UCCUCCUCCUCCUCCUCCCCCUCCUCCCCUUUGCAUCCAAAAAAACCAAAACGAAACGGAAACGCGCUCCCCUCCUCCUCCUUCCCGUCGUCGCCUUCUUCCCCUCUCCGCCUCUCCGCCUCCGCCUCCUCCGCCUCGGCGCAAACCCUAACCCUAACCCUAACCCUACCAAUCCUCCUCCUCCGAUGGGAGCCGUCACCUCGACGGUCGCGGCCCGCUUCGCCUUCUUCCCGCCGAGCCCGCCGUCGUACGGCGCCGAGGCCCCGCCUCCCCCCGCCGCGGCGGGCGCGGGGGUGGGGGUGGAGAAGGAUGGAGGGGGAGGAGGGGUGGUGGUGGAGCUGACGGAUGUGCCGAGGAGGGGGAACGUGGAGGCGAGGCGGCUGCGGACGAAGCGGGGGACGGAGGUGGUGGCGAUGUACGUGCGGCAGGCCGGGGCGCGGCUCACGCUGCUCUACUCGCACGGCAACGCGGCCGACCUGGGCCAGAUGUUCGAGCUCUUCGUCGAGCUCAGCGCCCACCUCAACGUCAACCUCAUGGGCUAUGACUAUUCUGGUUAUGGGCAAUCUUCUGGGAAGCCCAGUGAGCACAACACUUACGCUGAUAUAGAAGCCGUUUACAGAUGUCUUGUAGAAACCUAUGGAGCCUCCGAGGAGAAUAUCAUUCUUUAUGGACAAUCAGUGGGUAGUGGUCCUACUUUGGAUUUAGCCUCCCGUUUGCCUCAUUUGAGGGCAGUUGUUCUGCAUAGCCCAAUUUUAUCUGGCUUAAGAGUGAUGUAUCCUGUAAAACAUACAUACUGGUUUGACAUAUACAAGAAUAUUGACAAAAUUCCAUUAGUCAGAUGCCCUGUGUUAGUGAUUCAUGGUACAGCUGAUGAAGUUGUCGACUGUUCCCAUGGGAGGGCAUUGUGGGAGCUUUCCAAAGUAAAGUAUGAGCCUCUAUGGGUCAAAGGAGGAAACCACUGUAAUUUGGAACUGUACCCAGAGUACAUUAAGCAUCUAAAGAAGUUUGUUGGGGCCAUUGAAAAAUCGCCACCCCUAUAUGAUGAAUCUCCAGAGAGCUCAGGUCCAUCAGAUAAUACUCAAACAAACCCUGAAGGCACAGAGGAAUCUAGGAAAAGCACAGACUGCAGGGAGAAAACAAGGCCAAGCAUAGAUCACAGACAAAGCACAGAUCGCCGGGACAAAUCAAGGGGCAGCACAGAUAGGAGGGAUAAAAACAGAAAGAGUGUGGACCAACCACGGGCUAGUGUCGAUCAGCCUGAUCGGCCAAGGAAAAGCGUUGACCGCUUUGGUGGGGUGAUGAAGUCCGUCAGAUAUAUCGACUGUUUCAGAGUAACAACUGCAUCUGGGAGCUGAAGAAAAAUAUAUAUACCAAAAAGGUUAGCGUUGGGGUUCUCUGUAUGUAGUCCAUUUGUAUAACUUAAUUCAUUCGGGUGAUUGGUUUGGUCGUUGGAGGCGUGUCUCACUACAAUGGGGGGGACUUGUAUUGUUUUUCUUGAUUUUUUUCCAAUAUGAAAUAAUUAUUUGUCCAUAAGCAUCUUCUUUUUCUUUUUCCCCAAGUGGUUGAUACUUGAUGCUUCAUAAGAGAUGUGCCUGCAGGAAAGUAAGCGAUCCGUGAUAAGCAAACUCUCUCGGUUGCCAUUUAUCUUGUGAUACUGGAGAUCGUUUAGUUUGCUGUAGUUGUGGUGGCCUCCUGGAGCCCUGGUUACGGUUGUUGAUUGGAACAGUGCUAACUUCUGCCAAAUACAGCAGUUAAAUUUGACAGAAGAUCGUUGAUCGUGCAACUGGCAGACUGAUGGAUCGGAGCACCCUGUGCAACUGGUUUCCAUGGCAAUGGGCCAAUGAUCAUCUUCCAGCUUGUUUUACGGGGAAACACCCAUUUCUGCUUAAUUUGUCUGUGAAAGUCUGAAGUCGUGACACCGUGUUUGUGGUGGUAUUUUAUGCGUUGUGGUCAUUUUUAUGACAUAAUUCCAGUGAGCUAAGAGCUUCACGCCGUGUUUGACAAAUGCCACAAAUGCUUGUUGCUAUAGUUUUAUCUGCGUAAUAUGCUUGGAAGAGCUGAAGAUUAGACACAGACCGGCCGUCUUUUCCUGACACCUGUUAUAGCAAAAAUGCGUUGCUUCCUUUCAAAAUAAAAUAAAAUAAAAUGCGUUUGGUUCGUUUUCU